AAUUUGUUUAGCAAGGCUUAGAGAGUAUAACAACUUUGUCAACAUGGCCAAUCCUAAAUGGCCAUCUCUACUUAUGUUGGUCUUGGCUUUCUAUACCAUUGUUGCUCCUUCAAGUGCACAAUAUUAUCCACCAUCACCACCUCCUUAUGGUUAUAGUUCUCCAUCGCCUCCACCAUAUGUCUAUAAUUUCCCUCCACUCCCACCAUAUGUUUACAAAUCUCCUCCACCACCUCCAUAUGUCUAUAGCUCUCCACCACCACCACCAUAUGUCUAUAGUUCUCCACCGCCUCCUCCAUAUGUUUACAGCUCGCCACCACCACCUCCUUACGUUUACAGCUCUCCGCCGCCGCCUCCAUAUGUAUACAAGUCUCCUCCACCACCUCCAUACGUCUAUAGCUCUCCGCCGCCGCCUCCAUAUGUAUACAAGUCUCCUCCACCACCUCCAUAUGUCUAUAGCUCUCCGCCACCACCCCUACAAGUCCCUCCACCACCCCCAUACGUCUAUAGCUCUCCGCCACCACCUCCAUAUGUCUACAAAUCUCCUCCACCACCUCCAUACGUCUACAGCUCUCCGCCACCACCUCCAUAUGUCUACAAGUCUCCUCCACCACCUCCAUACGUCUAUAGCUCUCCACCACCACCACCAUAUGUCUACAAGUCUCCUCCACCACCUCCUUAUGUGUAUAGCUCUCCACCACCGCCACCAUAUGUCUACAAGUCUCCUCCACCGCCUCCUUACGUCUAUAGCUCUCCACCACCGCCACCAUAUGUCUAUAGCUCUCCACCACCGCCACCAUAUGUCUAUAAGUCUCCUCCACCACCUCCAUACGUCUAUAGCUCUCCACCACCGCCACCAUAUGUCUACAAGUCUCCUCCACCACCUCCAUACGUCUAUAGCUCUCCACCACCGCCUCCAUAUGUUUACAAGUCUCCUCCACCACCUCCAUACGUCUAUAGCUCUCCACCACCUCCACCAUAUGUCUACAAGUCUCCUCCACCACCUCCAUACGUAUAUAGCUCUCCACCACCUCCUCCUUAUGUCUACAAGUCUCCUCCACCACCUCCUUAUGUUUAUAGCUCUCCACCACCACCACCGUAUGUCUAUAAGUCUCCUCCACCACCUCCUUAUGUCUACAGCUCCCCACCACCACCUCCAUAUGUUUACAAGUCUCCUCCACCACCUCCUUAUGUCUACAGCUCCCCACCGCCUCCUCCAUAUGUUUACAAAUCUCCUCCACCACCUCCCUACGUCUAUAGCUCUCCACCACCUCCAAGCUAUAGUUAUAGCUAUAGCUCACCCCCUCCACCGAUAUACUAACCAUAUAUAUCAUAUUGAAGUGAGUUUCAAAAGAAGCUUUUACGUAAUAAGUUACGACCAUGGUAUCCACGGUUUUAAAAUAUAUCACUUUCGAGACUUCAAUAUAAGACGAAAUGUUAUUUCGUUUGUACUUCUACUUUGUGCAUUUUGAAUUUGGGUUGUUGCUUCUGAUGUUUGUUACUUAUGCCUACUAAAAGGCCAGUGUAUUGUCUUAAUUUAUAGCUAUUGAAUAAACUCAAUUACCUUUUAAUGAA